AUGUGUAAGAAGACACAGAGAGAGAGAAAGAGAGAGAGAGAGAGCGCUUAAGGGGGCAACUGGAGAGGAUACCGGUGACAAGUGAGACCAUGGACCGGCUACACCCCCACGGCUUCUCUCUCAGCUCAGUCCCCCUGCCUCGGCCCCGGCAAUGAAUGGGCCGACCCUUCAGUCUUCACCCUCCUCGAACCCCCGGGGCUGGAGUGAAUUCUGUGAGCUUCAUGCUGUGGCCACGGCCAAGGAGUUGGCCAAGCAAUAUUGGCUGUUUGCCAGCGAGCACCCCCACCAUGACCUUCUGGGGGCUGACCAUUUCUCACUGCAGUUCACGGACCUCUUCCAGCAGUAUUUCCGACACGAGGUGAGAGAGGGGUGGGCCAUGCACCAGCUACGGCUGCGGCCCAUCACCUCCCGGGUCCGGGACUAUCGAGAGACAGGCCGGAGGCAUACGGAUGGCUCGGCGGCACCCCCCAAGGCGGAGGCAUCUCCAGACGCUGGUGAGCGGGCCUCUGAGGUCACCUCCCAGACCCUGCCCAAAUCCCGGAGUUCAGAGGAGCUCACAGGAGGGGCCUCACCUCUGGCCUCUUCCCGCUCCAUUGCCCAUUACUCUUUCCACCACCUUCGAAGGAGCCUUCGCCAUAUCUUUCGACGCCGUCCCUCAGAAACGCUUGUCGCUGGGGAAGGAACAGCUGAGGGUGAGGCAGGUGACCCCCCUUCUAAACAGGGCCUGGCCAAGAAAAUCCUGCCCUGGAGCCUGUCCAGGGAACCAGCUCCUGAGGCCCGAAAGGAGGGUGUCCUCAAAUAUGGCCUAGUGGAUGAAGCCACCAUGGACAGUGGGGCCCUUCGGCAGCGAGGGCGACUGGUGUUGAGGAAGGUGGUGAGCCCAGAAGGCAGUGAAGACUAUGUCCUGGAGCUGUUUGAUCCCCCCAAGGGUUCGAAGCCCAAGCUCCAGACUGCUUGUUCUUCCAUUCACGAGAUCCGGAGAUGCACCCGACUAGAGAUGCCUGACAACCUCAACACUUUCGUCCUUAAGGUGAAUAAUUUAACCGACAUCAUCUUUGAGACAGGAGAUGAGCAGCAGCUGAAUUCCUGGACAACAGAGAUCAGAGAAUGCAUGAAGCGAGGCAGGUCAGAAGGAGCUGACCUAGAAUCACAUGCCCUCUCACUUCCAGACCCUGGUAUAUCCAACUCCCCCAGCGGGAGCACCGACUCCCUUAACCAAGGUGCCUCACCUGGUGGACUGCCUGAGCAGGCCUGUCAGAAAACCGACCACUUCCUCUCCUGUUAUCCCUGGUUUCACGGCCCCAUCUCCCGAGUGAAGGCAGCUCAGCUAGUGCAGUUGCAGGGUCCCGCAGGUCAUGGAGUGUUCCUGGUUCGGCAGAGUGAGACACGACGGGGAGAAUACGUUCUUACAUUCAACUUCCAGGGCAGAGCCAAGCAUCUGCGCCUGUCACUGACUGAGCGAGGGCACUGCCGGGUGCAGCACCUACACUUCCCCUCCAUCGUGGACAUGCUGCAUCACUUCCAGCGCUCCCCCAUCCCCCUCGAGUGCGGGGCUGCCUGUGAUGUCAAGCUCUCCAGCUACGUGGUGGUUGUCUCCCACACACCAGGUUCAAGCAGCACAGUUCUGUUCCCUUUCUCUGUCCACCGCUGGAGUUCCGAAUUGGGCCCUCCUCACCUUAGUUCCUCUGGUCGUCCCCACGUGCUCAUCCCCGAGGACCUCCCGCCAUCCAGGUCCUCUCCUUCUGAGCAGAUCUUCCACCUGUUGCCUCCACCUGAGGAACUGGCCAACAGCCUACGGCGUAUGGAACAGUCAGCAGAACCUACAAGCCAACCCCGGGACUCCGAUUAUGAGACAGAUUCACCUAACAGGGGUCACAUCCGGGCCAUAGACAAUCAGUAUACACCUCUCUAAAGAAUGGCUGGUGGCAGCCUCCUCCUCCUCCGCUUGGCAGUGCCACCCCCACCCCACCCCCACCUCACAGAAGCAUCAUGCACUUUUACCUGUAGAGUUGGGGACUUCUGAAUGUACCUCUUUAUUUUUCUUCUUGCUAGACAGAGAUUGUACAAGGGAUGUUGCUGAUUGUUCAUUCCAGUUUGGAUGUACCCUAUUAGGCCUGUUAAAGGGCCUGUUGUUUCAUCCUUUCACUCUCGUUUUCACUCUACAACCUUCUAAUCACUGUUUACAGAAGUAGUUGCUGUUGAGCGCCCAUAUCCACAUUGCUUUCAAGCGCUGUUGAUGGAAGUUUGGAGUCCAGAAGCUUCACCCUGCACAGUCACCCCUUACCCAGCCCAGCUGAGCCCAGCCGUUUGGGCUGCUACACUAGCGCACAAGGAGGGAUCCAAACGAACUAAGAGACCGGGGUCCAGAGGCUGUGGCAGAAAAUGUACUUUCCCUUUCAAAACAAAUGGGCAAAGACAAAUGGACAAAUUUCUGAUAAGUGGGUCAGGAAAUCCUAAACACUAAUGCCCCAGAAUACAAACUGAGAUUUUUUUUCUAUUCAGUACAAACCCAUGACAGCAGCUAAGGAAGAGGAAAAGGCGGGUCAGCCAUGUCUCCUGCCACAGCUUGCUAUCGCUUUAGCUAACACUGCCUCCACCUGCGCUCUCAGAAGGAAGGGCAAGUUUGAGGCUUACACAGAAAGCUAACAUGAAAACAAAAAAACAAACAUUUUUACCUCAGAUUAGUUCUUAAAGGUUUUCUAACCUAAACGGUUGCUUGCUUUUUAUUGCACUGUUUAGACUAAUAAAAAUGCUAUUUUUGUAGUUAAAAUUUGAUAUAUGCAAAUAUUACUUCACUAGCUCAUGAUUCCAAGCCCAAACGGGCAUGUUUUGGUCCCCUAAUUAAUUCUCAAGCAAAACUAUUUUUCCAUUCUAAAAAAUGACAAUGGACUGCCAUCAGAAACAAACUGCAAAAAGUGAAAUGUGUCACAUCUAGAGGGAAAUGAAAGUCUGACUGCCUUGGGAGGACGGUGAUGAAGAGUUCUAUCCUGGUGCCUUAUUUAUAAAGAACUGGAUUCUGGCUUCUGUUUAACUUCUUGGUGGGCAUUAGUGGGGAAGAGAGGAAUCAUGAUUCCCAGACCCUUCUGAAUGAAAGUCUUCACUGGGGUGGGGGUGGGGGGGUGGGGGGCAGUGUACCCACAACACUCAAAGCUCUGGUAGUUUUUCCAAUGAUCCUGUGAAUGAGUUAUUUUUAUUAUGGGACCUAAAAUGGAAGCUAGGAUUUCAGGGCUAUGACCAGUAAGACUGUGUAUUCAGUGCAUAAUAAACUUCCUGUUCUGUUUGCAAGCCA